GUUGAUUUUGACGUAGCACCGAAGGACGCUGGGAAAAAAAAAUUUCAGAGUUUUGUUGUUUUUGUCGUUGUUUUGAAGCACUGAAGAAAAAUUGAUUCAAGAAUUGUAAGUUUGAAACAAAGUUAACAAGAGAGAAAGAAAGGAGGGAAAGAAGACAAAGCUACUUGUGUUGGUCUUUAAUGGCUGUAGACAGUAAAGCCGGUCACUUUUAAUAUCUUUAUAACGAAGAUUCUUCAGUUAUGGUUUUGAAGUGAUAGCUCUUACAGAUCUGAGGUUAUUACACAUUCUCCAUCGAAUUGGGGGUAAUCUCAGUGAUCUGGUUUUGCGUGAGUGAUCUGGAAUUUGGUGAUUGGAAAGCAAAUUUUAGUGACCUGGGUUUUCUCUAACACGUCGUCGUCGUCGUCUUCUCUCUGCUUUGUCUUGAAGCCUAUGUUUUUGAGUAAUUUAGGGUUUAAUCAAAGAAUAGCUGUUUGAUCUCGAAAGUUGCUGCUUCUUCACGUUAAGUGUUUUUUUUUUGUUGGUAAAGUUUGGUGGUGGUUUCAGGAGACUGUCAUACUCAAAAAGUCUGGGAAUUUUAGGUUUCUGAUUCCUAAUUUUGCUUAGUGAUCGAUCAUCUCUGCUCGUUUCUCGAGAAAAGUUUCAAAUUUUGAUGAGAAGGUAAGAGCUUUGUGGUGGACCCAGAAGCGUGUCGGUGAUAAGAAGUUAGAUUUUGUGGUGGGUCGGAGUUUUUAGAUGGCGACAUCACCGGCACAGCCUCCGAUUUCAAAUCCUCCACCGUCUCCACCGGUGACUUCACCGCCACUGAACAAUUCUCCUCCGAGUAACAAUGCCACUUCACCACCGUCUCCGUCUCCUCCUCCGGCCACACCACCACCAGUAACAUCGCCGCCACCAAAUAGAGCUCCUCCUCCUACUCCGAUUACGACCUCACCACCACCACCACCAAUUGGUUCACCUCCUCUGCCAAAACCACCUGAGAUCUCUCCUCCACCGCCACAACCAGUGAUCCGUUCACCUCCUCCUUCAGUUUCACCGCCACCUUCACCACCAUUGUUGCAGCCACCACAAGCCUCUCCUCCACCACCAUUACCUUCUUCUCCUCCACCUCCUUCAUCUGUUCCUCCUCCACGGACUUCUCCUUCACCACCAAUCUCACAACGCUCUCCUCCACCGCCUUCAGAGCGUCCCACUCUAUCUCCUCCUCCACCUUCUCCGCCUUCAGAGCGUCCUAUUCAGUCUCCUCCUCUACCUUCUCCACCUUCAGAGCGUCCCAUUCAGUCUCCUCCUCUACCUUCUCCACCUUCAGAGCGUCCCAUUCAGUCUCCUCCUCCUCCUUCUCCGCCUUCAGAGCGUCCCACUCAGUCUCCUCCUCCUCCUACGCCGCCUUCAGAGCGUCCCAUUCAGUCUCCUCCUCCACCAACAGAGGAUACUAGUCCACCACCUUCAGAUUCUUCUCCUCCUCCUCCUCCUCCUCAACCUUCUCCUCCCCAAAUACUAGUCCCAGGAUCUAACAAUUCACCUCAAAACAACCCUACUCCUAGUGCUCCUGAUCGUUCAGAUCCUACUAAUAGUAGUGGCAUUGGUACUGGAGCUGUUUUCGGAAUCAGUCUCGCAGUGGCGCUUGUGGUGUUCAGUCUAAUUGGACUCUUUGUCUGGUGCGUAAGAAGACGAGAAAAACGUCUUUCAGCUGUUAGUGGUGGCAAUAUUACACCAUCACCAAUGAGCUCCUCCUCUCCAAGAUCAGAUUCAGCUUUUUUUAGGACGCAGUCAUCUGCACCUGUUGUACUGGGAAAGCGUUCAGGAAGCAAUCAACAAACGUAUUUCUCACAGUCACAAUCUGGCGGCUUAGGCAACUCGAAAGCACUGUUCUCAUACGAGGAGCUUGUCAAGGCAACAAAUGGGUUUUCGCAAGAAAAUCUUUUGGGUGAAGGUGGAUUUGGUUCUGUGUAUAAAGGUGUGUUACCGGAUGGGAGAGUAGUUGCUGUGAAACAGCUCAAGAUUGGUGGAGGACAAGGUGAUCGAGAGUUCAAAUCCGAGGUCGAAACUCUUAGCAGGAUUCAUCACCGUCAUUUGGUUUCCAUCGUGGGACAUUGCAUCUCUGGUGACCGUAGAUUGCUCAUUUAUGAUUAUGUCUCUAACAACGACCUUUACUUCCACCUUCAUUCAUCCAAAGAAGUUCUUGACUGGGCAACACGUGUUAGAAUCGCUGCUGGGGCGGCUCGUGGACUAGCUUAUCUCCAUGAAGAUUGUCAUCCACGGAUCAUUCACAGGGACAUAAAGUCGUCUAACAUUCUUUUAGAAGACAACUUUGACGCUCGGGUUUCUGACUUUGGUCUCGCAAGAUUAGCUCUUGAUUGUAACACUCAUAUCACCACACGGGUCAUUGGAACAUUUGGCUACAUGGCUCCUGAAUAUGCAGCAAGUGGAAAAUUAACAGAGAAAUCAGAUGUAUACUCUUUUGGAGUUGUUCUGCUCGAGUUGAUCACUGGACGUAAACCGGUGGAUUCAUCCCAACCGCUAGGAGACGAGAGCCUUGUUGAAUGGGCCCGGCCUCUUGUAAGUCAUGCCAUCGAAACCGAAGAAUUCGAUUGUUUAGCAGAUCCCAAGCUCGGAGGAAAGUAUGUAGAUUCUGAAAUGUUUAGAAUGAUUGAAGCAGCUGGAGCCUGCGUGCGCCAUUCAGCUGCCAAGAGACCUAGAAUGGGACAAAUUGUGAGAGCUUUUGAAAGUGUAACCGAGGAAGACCUCACCAACGGGAUGAGACUAGGAGAAAGCGAGGUCUUUGACUCAGCUCAACAGUCAGCUGAGAUCAGAUUGUUCAGAAGAAUGGCAUUUGGUAGCCAAAAUUACAGUACAGAUUUUUUCACACAUAGUAGUUACAGUAGCAGAGACGGAAACGUGUAAAUAUAUCAUACACAGAUUGUUUUUUUUGCUUUCUCUCUCGCCAUUAGAGGCAAGAAUACAGCCCAGUUUUGCCUGAAAACUGCAAAUCCUGUUUCAUGUUUCCACACUGUAAUUACAUCUCAAAGCAGAACCCUUCUUGAGCUCCCAAAGCAAAACAGAGGAUUUCAGAGGAGCAUGUGGUUGAACAAGAAGAUGGGGAAAAAAUGAAUAUCUUUAGUCUUUACGUUCUUGAACAAGAGAGGUUUCGUUUCUUACAUGAAAUUACUUUUGUAUGUAUAUCUUUCGUGCUUAUAGCAUCAAGUUUGCACAUUCUGUGACGUUACAUCCUCGUCAUAUUGUCUCAUUCUUAUACUUAUGAUAAAUCAACAAGGAUC